UUGAUUGCCUUACUUCCCUUCACUCGUCCUUCUCAGUAGUUCUCCACCCACCAACCGAUAGAGAAGACACUACACGAGCGCCGUGCGUUUUCCGUCCAAACAUAUGGCAAAAACGGCCAGUCUUUCUUUCACCGGUGUUUCCACUACUCUUUAAAAAUUCCGCCGAAAAAGAGAAGACGAUUUUCCAAAACCUUUUGGCCGUUAUCUCACGGCUCCCCUGUCUCUGCACCGGUGUAUGAUCGCUACCCGGAGGGCCUAGGGGCGGCUCUUUACCGGGAGCAGUUUGACUUUAACGCUGAGCCACCUUGGGAUCCUAGCUGAUAGCGGGACAGGUCCAUCUCCUGACUUGUCCAUUUUGUUGCAUACCGGUAGGACCCAGUUGGCUCAGUCGUGACCCCUUGACUCGUUUAUCUGUUUUUAUGAUCACCGGCUUAGUGGAAUACUGUUAAGAUGAAAGGAUUUGCUGACAAGCCCAACUACAUAAUUGAACUCCUUGAUGGGAGUGUCACCCUGGAAGAUGUCAUCGAUGGGCACAUCUGCGAUCAGACUGUGAUGGAGAAGAGUGCGUUUGUUGUGGGAGACCUCGGUGCUCUGAUGCAGCAGCACGCAUGCUGGCAGAGUGUGGUGCCACGGGUGCUGCCUUACUACCCGGUCAAGUGCAACAGCAGCCCUGUUGUCAUAGAAGUUUUGGCCUCCUUAGGGCUAGGCUUCGUUUGUGCCAACAAGGCUGAAGUUGGCUUGGUCCUGGAGCAUGGCGUGCCUCCAGAAAACAUCAUUCUGUCGAGUGGAUUCAAGCAGCUGGCACACAUCAAAUAUGCUGCCAAGAACAACAUCCAGCAUCUUGUGUGUGAAAAUGAGGCAGAGCUGUCCAAAAUUGCCCGUCUUCACCCCAGUGCGAAAUUGCUGCUGCAGUUGACCACCGAGUCUCAGGCAGCUGAGAACAGCAUGGCCUUUGGCUUCUCUCUGAAAAACUGUCGACACCUGCUGGAGAAGGCCAAGGAUCUAGGCAUUGAUGUGGUUGGAGCAGCCUUCCACAUCCCGAGCUCCUGUGAAGACCUUCAACCGGCUUACACUCAUGCUCUGUCAGAUGCUCGCUGUGUGUUUGACAUGGGGUUGGAUCUCGGCUUUAAUAUGCACAUCCUAGACAUUGGUGGAGGAUUUACUGGCUCAGAGUUUCAGCUCAAACAGGUUGAGUCUGCAAUCAAUACCCUGCUGGAUGCCUAUUUCCCCCAGCUUUCUGGCGUGCAAGUAUUGGCCCAGCCUGGUAACUUCUACGUGGCAUCAGCUUUCAGCCUUGCUGUAAACAUAAUUGGCAAAAAGAUAAAGACCCAGAGCUGGAACUGCUUAUCUCAAGGGGAGAAGAAGGAGGGUACGGAGUUCCUGUACUACAUGAACGAAGGCGUUUAUGGCCCAUUCAGCCAUAAGUUGCUUGGACACCCCAUUGCUGCUCCUUCAUUGCACAAGCAUGCUUUCUGUGCUGACGAGGCCGUGUAUCCCAGCAGCCUUUGGGGCCCAUCUCUGGAUCAGCUGGACCAGGUGGUGGAGCACUGCCUGUUGCCGGAGCUCAGUGUAGCAGACUGGCUCAUCUUCUCCAACAUGGGGACCUGUGGCUUGGAGGACCUCAACUGUCUCUCCAGCUCUAUCGAUUUCCCCGUCUACUACAUUAUCUCCACCUCUGACUGGUACAAAAUGGAAGAAGCUGGUGUGGCUCUGAACAAUCCUGUUAAGAACUUCUCAAUGCUCCAGUACAGUGCAUAACCACCAUUGGCUCCUGUGCUGUUUGGCACAGAUCUUCCUUACCUCAACUUUCACCGUAUGAGAAGAGGGGUCAGCAUCACGCAUAAAGCAAGGGGUUAAAUAGGGUCAACAUUCCAGCCACCUUGGAAGCUGCAGUAUUUCUUCAAAAUAAAAUUCCCCUCAGUCUUUUCCAGGAGUUCAAUUAUUUAAUUUUCUUACCUCCAUAAAUGGAAACCGGUUGUAAUAGACAACUCGGUUGUCAGAAAGUUACCAUUGAUUCAUAGACUCAGUUAAAGCAACUUUAGUCCAAAUUCAAAUUUUAUUAUGCAACAAAAUGGAUGACUCUUUGGGGAUGGGACCCUAACAGGUUCUGAAAGUUUUUAUUUUAAAUUGAUCUAAAAUGUUUUAUUUUAGUAAAAUCAGAGAUCUUUGUUAGUUUUUUGUUGUUUAAAAUCUGUCUGUUCAACUAUAGUAAAAUGUGUUUUUGUUGUUUUUUUUUGGGUGGGAGCUUUCACAGUCACUUAUCGGUGUGGAUUCUGUAAUACAUGCAUCUGGUUUUUUGCAUAAUUUGAAUGAGAUUACAAGAUCUGCUUUAAUAUAUAUCACCUUAACACGUGUUUAUUUAUUGGAUUGAGAUUACUGUGGCAUAUUUAAAGUUCCAUCUUUAAGACUGGUAUUCUGUGGCCCUUUUAUCACUGGUUUUUGAUUUGAGAACUUUUGGUUGUUUUUCCUGGUAACACUACAAUAUUAUUUGUGCUGUGAUUACCAUUAGUGAUAUUUGGUUUCCCUUGACCUGAAAGGCUAAAAUGAACUUUAGUGAAGUGUUUUCCCUUUUGUUCAGAGUUUAGUACAGAGAAGCUGCAGACCAUUUGCCCUUCAUGUCUGGACAAGAGGGAUUGGGUUGAAAAUGCACAACAUUUUUCUUAUAGGGUCAAACUGAACGGUUCUAUUCAAGAGGCCAAGAUGCAGAACUUCUUUCUGAGCAAUCCUUUUCUCAGAAAGAGGUUUCUAUUAUUUUGAAUCAGAAAAACUUAAGUGAUUAAAAAUGGCAGACUUGAAAAGACAUGCUUUAAAAGGAACAUGUUACACAGGUCUCUGAGGUAGUUCUAAUAAAAAAUAACCUGCUGUUCUCCCUAGCUCUGUAAAAUUAUGAAGGGCUUGAAGCACACUUGUAAAAUUAUGUUAAAAAAAAAGCAAAGUUGGUGACCUGACCUGAUGGCUGUUUUGAGUAUCCAGCCCUUGUGUUUUACAAGUGACUAAUAUAAUUACUUGUCUAAGGCACUAAUGGACCAUAGCCUGUUUUUAACUGUAAAUUGUGCUUGUUAAAGUAAUGAAAAGUGAUUAAUUUAAUACAUUUCUGACUGAAA